CUCCGAAGCACAAGAUGGCGGUAGUGUGUGCUGCCGUUAAAUAUUACAAAGAGGAAGAAAACUUGAUAUCGUAGAAGAAGAAGGCGGCGGCCUGAUAGAAAUGUAACGAACAGACGAAAGAACGCCAACAACUGGACGUUUUUUGUCUGUCCCCACGAUGAGGACGUGACACCUCUGUGUUUGGGACAUUGCGCCAUAUGCAGCACAGUGGCUAUAUGACUGAAUAGAGUACAAUGAUAUUGUACUCUUGACACCUGACAAGAAUUAACAGACAUGCCUUGGUGCCUGAACACCAGGUGGAAAUAUAUUUUUUAACCAUACAUCUCAGGCGUCGUCACACUGUGAAAGCCAAACUGCAUUUGCAUUUAAUUUCUAUGCAGAGCAGCUUGUCUUUGUAAACACCCGUAAAGCGAGCUGCCUCCGUCUAGACCAUGGUAGACAACCGUUAUGCCACAGCUCUGGUCAUCGGCUCGGUGCUGAGCCUGUUGGCCACAGUCUACCUCUCCGUGGCUGUCGGAACCCAGCACUGGUAUCAGUACAGCAGUCCAGCCCUUAAACGUGAGGCGAUCAAUGUCUCAAAGCUCAGAGAUGAAUUCGUCGAUGGAGACUUUGAUGAGAAGACUUACAGUGACACCAUGUUCAGCCUGAACGGCACCCUGGGACUGUGGUGGAGGUGCAUCCAGGUGCCACUGCCCAGCCAGUCACACUGGUUCAAAGAGCCAGAUCCAAAACUGGGGACACAGUGUGUGAGCUUCACGCUUCCUCAGCAGUUUAGUCCAAAAUACAGAAACUCUGGGAACAACAGCGAAGAAGACCUGCUGAGAACAUACUUGUGGAGGUGCCAGUUUCUCCUGCCCUUGGUGUCUCUGGCUUUGGUGUUCCUCAGUGGCCUUGUUGGGGUGUGCGCCUGCCUGUGUCGCAGCUUCACCCCCACCUUGGGUGUAGGGGUGCUCCAUGUACUCGCAGGUCUGUGCUCUCUGGGCACAGUCUGCUGUUUCUUGGCCGGAGUGGACUUGCUCCAAAAACCAAAAGGGGUGGAGGGCUCGCUGGGCUGGUCCCUCUACCUCGCACUCAUCUCCUUCCCUCUGCAGAUGAUGGCAGCAGCUUUGUUCCUGUGGGCAGCUCGGAGUCACAGCAAAAACUACACCCGUGUGACCGCCUACAGAGUAGCCUAAAAGAGAGACUUCUACAACAACCUACUCUAAAGCCGCCCAUGUGUCAGAGGACUUUCAUAGAAAAAAAAAACAUGGUUAAGACAGGAUGUAAACUGAAGUGACUGUACUGGUUGUAACUUCUCACUUCCUCUUUAACAUUUUUAGAUAGAAAUACACAAAACAAGGUAUCACAAACUGAAAGGCAGGAAUAAACUAAACCAGUUUGCAGCUAUCAUCAUAAGUGCUCAUAAAUAGAGGUUUUAAUAUUUACGAGUUGUCUUAUUUUGCCUUUUUUUAAUUUCUUUUUUUUUUUAGCAUCUUUUAUCUGUAUUUAACCCAAAGCAUGAUCUUAAAAUGUUGUUAACACCCUGAUCUUAUGGAUGAUUUGUAAUUCUGGUGUUUACUGUGUUGGUGUGCAUUACUUUAUUGCCUUCCUUUUUUGUUGCCAUUGCUUCAAAAGCUGCUCACCACAUUGCCUUCAAAUCAGUUAUAGAUUAUAAACUUGCACUUGUCACAAAUUUCCGACCUGCAGUUAUUUAAGCCUGGGUAGCUUUCUUUGUUAGUGCAUGAAAAAUAUCACUCAAGCCUAUUUUUGAUCUUUGUUUGAACAUGUUUUCUGUAUGAUUUUUAUUUUUGUGUAAUCUUAAAUAUCGAGCCUUUCACUGUGCAUGCCUCUUCAGCUGACAUUUCUUUGAUCUGUGGUAAUUGUUGUUUUCAUUCUGUGGUAUGUGUUGACUUAAUGUCAGUAAAUAUCGCCCACUAAAAAUGUAACCACUCAUCUCCCAUUGUCAUCCAUCACGUAUAGAUUUCAUAUUUAUUAUUACAGUUCAUUUGUUUAAAAAGCUGAAUUUAAUUUGAUGUCACUCGAGCAAACCUGUGACUUCCUCUUAACAUUUAAUUUCAAAUGUUUCACUCCUGAAUUAUACUACUGUCAUUUUAGGUUUGUUGCAGUGAAGUUUCACUGUUUUAAGAUAUUUAAAAGGUUAUUCUGAUCCUGGUUAAAGUUCCUUUAGAGAUUUGUCAGUCAGUGAAUUGACUGGUUUGACAGCCAAAUGCAGGUUUUUGCACCAUUUAAAGUCUUGUAAAUGUUUGUUGGUGAUACUCCACUGUCAACCUCUUUUGAAUUGCAAUUGAAUUUACAAAAACUUAAUUUGUAAGUGCUCAUAAAUCUACGACUUUACACUUAACAUUUGUGUGGAAAAUGAAAUAAUUUUUCAUGUAAAAAUUCCAAACUGACUCAUUUCUUGGCACCAGAAUACAAGUUGUGAUAUUUUAGUGUCACAAUGUUUUGUUACUCGUCUAAUGUGUACACACUCCAGCUUUUGUAAAUGUUUUUAUGUUUUCUGAAGCACACUGUACCUGUUUCUGUAUUAAUACAUUUGACAUUUGCCUA